GUCGUUUUCGUGACGUCACGUUCUCGUCCUCUGUCUCUUUCUCGCGUUGUUUCCACGUCACACUGACACGGAGCUGGAUCAACAUGGCGGAGCGCAGGAGGCACAAGAAACGAAUCCAGGAGGUCGGUGAGCCCACCAAGGAGGAGAAGGCGGUGGCCAAGUAUCUGCGCUUUAACUGCUCCACCAAGUCCACCAACAUGAUGGGACACCGGGUGGAGUACUUCAUCGCCUCCAAAGCGGUGGACUGUCUCAUGGACUCCAAGUGGGCCAAAUCCAAGAAAGGGGAGGACGCCAUCUUCACCACCAGGGAAUCUGUGGUCGACUACUGCAACAGGCUCCUGAAAAAGCAGUUUUUCCACCGGGCCCUGAAGGUGAUGAAGAAGAAGCCUGAGAAGGAUACCAAGAAGGAGAAGGAGAAGGAGAAAGAGAAGGAUAAGGAGAAAGAUAAGGAGAAGGAGAAGGAGAGGGAGAAGGCCAAGACCGAGAGCGGAAAGGAGGAGGAUAAAAGGGGCAAAAAGGAGAAGAAGAAGGAGUCUGAGGUGGCAGAUUCGAAAAAGGAGAAGACGGAGGAGAGCCCUGGGACUCCCAAGAAGAAGAAGGACACGAAGAAGAAGUUCAAGCUGGAGCCCCAUGAGGACCAGGUGUUCUUGGAUGGGAACGAGGUGUAUGUUUGGAUUUAUGACCCAGUACAUUUCAAGACAUUUGCUAUGGGACUCAUUCUAGUCAUCGCCGUCAUCGCGGCCACCCUCUUCCCGCUCUGGCCCACAGAGAUGCGCGUUGCUGUGUAUUACCUGAGCGUGGCGGCCGGCUGCUUCGUCGCCAGCAUCCUUCUGCUAGCCGUGGCUCGCUGCAUCUUGUUCCUGAUCAUCUGGGUGGUCACCGGAGGGCGGCAUCACUUCUGGUUCCUGCCGAACCUUACGGCAGAUGUGGGCUUCAUAGAUUCCUUUAGGCCGCUCUACACGCACGAGUACAAGGGCCCACGGGCCGAUGGCAAGAAGGCCGCCUCGGAGGCCGCCUCGGAGAAGGCCAAGGCGGAGGCACUGGAGCCCGCGGCCAAGGAGAAAUCAGACAGCGAAGAGAGGUCAGACGGCGAGAAGAAAGACGGCAACGGGGACGAGGAAGAGGAGGAGGAGGAUGAUGGGGAGGAAACUAAGGCGGCGGGGGAGGGUUCGGGGGGCGAGGGCCAGGGCGGGGACACGGACAGUGAUCGGCGUGAGGACGAGGGAUCGCAACACAGCAACGGCAACGACUUUGAAAUGAUCACCAGGGAGGAGCUGGAACAGCACACGGAGGAAGAGGAGGAAGACGAGGGAGAGUACGAGGAGGAGGAGGAGGCAGAAGAGAGUGAGGCAAAGCCCUUGUCGGGUGAAACAUAAACAUCUAAAAAACUCCUACACUCUACCAGGACUCAUACUUCUACCUUGCAGAAGAGAGGCACUCGUUUUCGUUUCGGUUGAGAUUUUCCACAAAGAAUGCAAAUGGGGAUCCUAAUUGUCAUUUGGGGCAAAGGCAAAUUCUCUUACUAAAAACACUGAGGCUCUAAGUUUCUCUCCCAUUGUAUAAAAAAACUAGAAAACUUUCGUUCAGUUUUAUUCCCUCCCCCCUGAUUUCUGGGUUCAGGAACAGUUCCUGUUUUAAGAAUCUGUUUUUAACCCACCUUAAGGCAAUUACCUGAUAAUUGGUGGUUUUCCUUGUUGCACGGGUCAUCUUGGUUCUGUAUGAGAUUUUAGGGGUGCAGAUGCUGCAGGUGUCAAGGACCAUGGUUAUGGUGAUGGGUGGGGCUAUCUUUGCAGUCCGUGCUUUUGUUAACCCGUUAAAUGUGUGAGCUUCACACUAAACCUGGACUACAGAAAAAACUCUCUAGGAAGGUAAUUUGGGAGGACCAAAAUCUACGUGAUCCCUGAGGGUAAUACGUGGUUAAGGGCGAUCGUUUAACGGAUCGCAGUCCUUUCUUUCCUGUAUUGCUGAUGAGCCUGCAUGAAUGUUUAAGAAUUCCGUGUUUCCAUGCUUCGUUAUAGGUACACCUGUCUUCAGAGUGGGUUGUGGGAGAAUAAUUAGAAAUGUGUACGACUUCUGACCUCUGACCCCUGACCCCUGCUGCCUUUCUGUCCAGAAGGCUUUUCAGAAAGAUGGGUGUGCUCUAGUUGGGUAAAAUUGAAUGCCUCUUUUUCCAGUGUUGGAGCACACGCAUAAUGGCAUAUAUAUGUUAACUUUGUGCCAAACAGAUGGUUUUUACAAGGUACAAAUUGCUGUUUUCACACAGUUGAGUAAUUACAUUUAUUGUAAGUAGAACUUGGUUUUAAAAAUCACUGUUAGUCAUCAAUUUCUUAAACUGAAGUCAAGGGAAAACCGAGCUGAGAUCCCUAAUAUUUCUGUGUUACAAGUGGGCAGAUUUUGUGAUGCAAGACUUGUGAUCUCCUCUAGGUGUCAGUGUAGCCCAUCUGUGAGCCGUUGCUGUUAAGUUAUUGCCGGCUGUACCUGUGCGGUUUGGGAGUCUGACGCCACGAGGUCAGACAGCCUGAGCGCGACACGACGUGAACUAACCCACUUGCAAGGGAACCUGCUUCUGAGGAUUAUGCUCCAGUAUUGUCCUGUUUGUACGUUUAGCGUUGUUUUUCGUGGCUACUAUAUUUUAAGGGACUCCUGCAUCAUAGUGUUAGUGAUUUAAAGCGAAAAAGAAGAAAAAAAAAACCUGUGAGUACAUCGUUUUUAUGCAAGGUUUGACAAUACGUCAACGUUAAUAAAUCCUAACCAUUUCAAGAGUACAGAACUACCCUGUAACGUUGCUCAUUUUUUCCCCUGAAGUUCCUUUCGCAGUAAUCUCUUGGCCAUUGGUGAGUUUACUAAAGGGAAUUGACAUUUAAAAAAAUCAUGUAUGAAUAUAAUUUGGAUUUAUAAUUUAGUCUUGUAUCUAUGUAGCUACAUUCUUAAGUGUUUUUUUUUUAAUAUACAAGUCACCUGAAGUACAUAGGUAAACUUUAACAUUUCAUUCUGAUCAUGUUGGCUGACAGUAUGGAGCGAGUCACUUUGCUAGAAAAGCGUUUGGCCUGCACCACCUCGUAUCCUUUCCCUUUAUCUUGUAGCACAGGAUUUGAUUGAAAUACUGCACCACAGAAACAACACGCUCGCCGCCAGGUUCAUUGCAUCCCUAGGCCACCGUGAUAAACCAUAAACUGGGAGAUUGUCUCUCACUCAUCUGCCACUAAGAGGAAGGACCAACCAGCCUGUCAUCGUUCUGUCGUCACGGUAACAGUGCUGUUUUCUGCCAUGACUAUCGCUUGGCCUGCUUCUUCAUCUGUUCCGACCGGAUAACUGCAUUCUCUGUCUCCCCUGGUCACUGCUAGUCUUUCUGAGAGAAAGGUGCCAGUAGCUGUAUCGUAGGCUUUGGCAGUUAGUUUUAAAAUCUCAAAUUGUAUUUGAGUGUCGCACAUUAUCAGUAUAUUGUAAAAUAUAGCUGCUUAUCCAUGUAUGAAAGGUAUACACCUUAACCUGUAUCCAAUCCAAACUUCUGCAGACAUUUAGGUUGUCCAUAUUUGGAUUGAUAUAAAAUCGAGGAUGGUCUUUUGAGGUUACUGGAAUAUAAUUUAAAUAAUUGUCUAUCUUGAAAGUAUAUCUGUAUCUUUUCAUUGCAAUAAAUGUAUAGCAAGCA